UAAAUACUUAACAACUGGUUUGACUAUGGUGUCGUAAACGUAAGGUGGAAACGAAUAAACGCCGUAAGGUCAUCUUGACUGCAGCAUUUUAUGUCGGCCUUUGACCUUUGUCACUGGCCCGCGUCAGGACCCGAAGAUACAUCUAUUGAGAUCAUUUAGUACUCGUAUAUAUAUUUUCAAUUUGCACUAUCUCGUAUUGUUUUUAUAACCGUCAAAAGAAAAAUGGGAGUUUUUUCGUAGACCACAGAAAAAUUUUUUGCAGAACUGAUCAUCCGUUAUCAGCAGAUUUACGGGGCGUAACCACGAAUGGCCAAUGGCGCUGGUUCCAAUCAAAACACUGCGCGACCGACACGCACUCAAAAGAUUAACGCUGGUAAUCAGCAAGCUGCUCGGAUUCUGAUGCAGGAACUGCAAACCCUACAGAAAGAACAGAAUGAAGGAUUCACAAUCAAAUUACUGCAAGAAGACGAUAUAUUCGAAUGGGAAGCAGGAAUUUUUGGGCCACCAGAUACGUUGUAUGCUGGUGGAUAUUUUAAAGCGAUCAUGAAAUUCCCAGCUCUGUAUCCUUUCUCGCCGCCGACCGUGAACUUCAAAACAAAAAUUUUCCACCCGAAUGUGUACAAUAACGGAUCGGUCUGCAUUAGUAUUUUACAUCCACAAACGGAUAGCCAACGUUCAGGGGAACUCCCAAGCGAAAGAUGGAAUCCAGCCCAGAAUGCUUACUCAGUUCUCAUGAGUAUUAUAUCCCUCUUGAAUGAGCCAAAUACCAAUAGCCCGGCCAAUGUGGAAGCGUCUAUCAUGUACCGGCGCUGGAAGGAGAAAGGCGAUAAAGAAUAUGAGAGGAUCAUCAAAGAACAAGUGGAAGCAUCCAAAGCCGAAGCGGCAAAAGAAGGCAUACAGAUUCCGGACACGUUGGCGGAUUACUGCGUGAAACAACCUGAGCAGCUACCUCCUCCUCCCCAUCAACUAUCUACACUCCCAGAGUUCGAGGACAUGAAUGAGGAUGAUACGCUGGACAAAUCGUUUAGCGAAGAUGAUGCGUUAGAGAUGGAACAUGGAUCUUUGCCGGCGGAUGCCACUAUGACUGAUGCGUCGUAAUGCAAAGUACGAUUGUACAAAUCGUACACUGAGCUCAUUUUUUAGCACUUUGUAGAAAACUGCGAAGCUUCGUCACUCGCAUUUGCAUGCCGUCCAGUUUAAGUAUGUAGAAACUGUUUCCUCAGAAGCCAGUACGAUCGCUUAACUUUGUACAGUACGAUCUCUUUGUACAGUUUUUUACUCGCCGUAGCUGUUCUCUGGUAAUUGCUUCCACUGUUGUUUCCGUAUCGUGGACUGAAUGUAAAGCAAAAAUGGAAUAAGCAAGAAAAGCAUUUUACUGAUAAAUCGGUACGCGCUA